CCUGAAACCGCUGCUGCUUCAAACACAUCGCGAACGAGAUGACCUCGACCAAGAAGACCAGCGAGAAAGGCCUCAUAGAGAGGAUCAGGCUCUUUCAACGCUCAAGCAAGGCCAACAAACGAUGGUCAGCAACUCUAGUCUCGAUUGCAACAGCAGCAGGCGGCCUGACGGCCACGUCUCGAUUACAAACAAUACAAGGCAAACCACGAGAAUCACACAGUUUUCUGGCUGUGGGUGUUUGUCUGAACAGUGCCGACUGUCUGGAGAUUGGGCCUUCAUAUGUCUGCAUCCUACCACACAACUUCCUCACGUUUGUCUGCACCACAUGUUCGGGAAUCCAGUUCAGUAUUCAGUGGGGCUGGCACGGACUUAACUGGUCACCUGGCUGGCUGAGCGGGUCAGAGGUGUGUGUGUGUGUGUGUGUGUGUGGUAGUCGUGAGUUCAACCACAAGGUGGGAGGAACCAUGCAGAUAGAGAUAAUAUCUGUGUGGUCUGCCUUGCGCCAUGCAUCCUCUGUGCACUCCCCUCCUCUGUGCGCUCCCCACACUCGUGUUCGUGCGUGCGCGUGUGUACAAGGUCAAGGGAGUUUCGGUGUCCAAGUGGACGCCGGAAGAGGUCGAAGACAUCGAAAACGGAGGAAAUGAGGUAGGCAACGCGAGCAGCAUUAUGUGGAGCCGCAUCUCCCGUAUGUGUGCUGUGUGUAUGCUUGCGUAUGUGUACCUGUACGUGAUGUGUUCAGAAAGCCAAUGACUUCUAUCUUGCUCGCUGGACCCCCCGCGACUUCCCGGAGCCGGAGGCGAACCAGAUUGAGAAGGUCAGGCUGAUGUUGUGCAAAGGCAGGUGUGGAUAGAAGUGGCCUCACUGCCUUCUCCUCUCCUCAGAUUCGGGACUUCAUUCGCAUCAAAUACGUGGAGAAAAGGUACCCACAACACAUACAACGCACCCGCCAGUCUUAGGUGAGAUUGUGACCAGGUGGGUGAGGGGCGGUGGUGGUUCGAGCGACCAUAGGGGGAGGGGUCGCGAUGACGAUGACCGAUAUGAAAGGGAGAUGGAGAGGGAGGGGAAACGCGACACCGAGAGAAGGGAAAGGGCACAGCGUGAGGCAAGGUGAGCGCAACUUCACGGAGGACACCUGUACGUCCAUAUGUUCGUUCGUCUGGUUAGGCGUGCAAGGGAAAGAGGACGUGAGAGGGAACGAGAAAGGGACCGACACGGGCGGGACAGGAGGUGAGACGAUUGUUGCAGGCAAAGCAAAGCAUUGAAAGCUACUGGUAUUUAGACACUAUGACAGUGGUGAUGACGAGAGGCGGAGCGAUUCUGACGAGGGGGAGAAGCGCCAUACCCGGAGAGCUAAGGACAAGACAAGAAAGGACCGAAGAAGUGAGAUUACAAUUCCACUUAACUGUCCGAGCACCUGACCAAGCAAUUUCGGUUGUACACACAUUCGCUCAGGGCGAAGGUCGUCAGCCGAUGACGACGAGGAUUUUGAUGUCUUAUCCGGCCCCCCUCUCUCGACGACUCAUGUAGCUAAGUCCGGCACUUCCCCUGCAGACGGGUGGGGGAGUUUCACUGGCGCACUCGCGCCGCAGCCCAGCAUGGCGCUGUCCCCGCAAGCGAUGAACCCCAUGGCUACCAUGCAGAGCAACAUCAGCCUCCCUGUCGACCUGUUCUCGGAGCCACAGAUGGGCAUGACUCUUUCUGGGAUGUCCUCGAUGGGUUCCAUGGGCCUUCAGAACGGUAUGUCACAGGGGAUUGGGUGGCAGGCGACCUCCUCCAUGGGCAUGAGGCCACACGCAAUGGACCCGUUCGCUGGGAUUGAUGGAAUCAAGGCCCAGCAAUCUGCAGCAACACUCGUAAUCCGCGCACACAUAAGCGAGAACGAAAGUCACAACACGCAUCUGUCCUGUUGCCGUGUCUGGUAGAACGCCGCUUUGCCGACGAACCAGUCGGUGGUAAUGACCGGUAUGGGUCACGGAAUGGGCGUGGCGGGUGGGUCGCAAACGGGCAUGCCACAGAUACCUCAGACACCCACUGCUCUUGGCAUCCAGCAGGCGAUGGUUCAUCCCUGCGGAACAACGGUACGAUGAGCCACAAAGGCAGCUGGCCAAAUGACACGUCAUCUGUUGUGGGAUGGUUGGCAGGGUGGGUUUGGCGGUUCGAUGUCAAUGCUGCCCACAUCAGUGGCGCCCGACCCCUCAAACCCCUUCUCCGUCAGCAGCCCGCGGACCAAUGGAGGCCUUUACGCCAUGGGCAUGGCACAUUUUGCGCAGACGAUGGGAGCGGGCCCGGCAGCGUCACACGUGAUCGGCAUGCAGUCGGGGCGAAUGGGGCAGUCUCCGGCCGACGUGACGCCCGUGUCUCUCACUCCGUCCAGCAAGAUGUUUCAGCAGCAGCAGCAGCAGCAGGCCAAGCAGGGAGAGCAGCCGGCGAUGUUUCAUGAUCUGCUUGGAGGUAUGAUGCGAAGAACACUCGGGGAAAUGCGAGCCAAUGAAGUAAUGCGCGUCCCUCACCUCAUGGAUGCAGAGUUCAAUCGUCUGGCCCUUCAGAGCACUUCUUCGAUCCCAACCACAUCUCAGGCGUCGACAAUGGUGAGGAAAUCUCAGCAAAUCUCUUCAUUUAUUGUCGGUUGCUCUUGUAUCCUCAAGGCCCACAACGACUCGAAAAGAGCGGGAGGCAAUCCAUUUGAUCAAUGGACAUGCUGAGGUCACUGAGGGUAGAUGCGCUCAUCUGAGACAUUAUGCAAUUACAUGGAGUCAGUAAUGUGAAUGCAUAGACCAGUAUAUCAACAGCGACAAUGUCCCAUAGACCAGUAAUGCGAUGCCCAUCGAAUUGGGAUGGCCAGAUCAAACGAACGAAGAAUGAACUCGGGAAUGAAUGGGACGUCAGGGAGGGUACAUGCCAUCACGGGCUUCGUUCUUCAGUGCACUCACCCAUGACCAGCGGCCGUUGCCAACCCACCUGAACCA